UGGGCGAGAAUCACUUUUACCUUUUCAGCGGACCGUCCGUAGCCAAUUCCGUUUGCCUUCAAUUUUCAGUUUCAGUCGUUUUGUGUCAUUCGGUCAUUAGUGUUCACUGACACUUCGUUAACAAGAUUUAAAAGACAACAAUGGGUGUUCCUGCCGGUGAUGUUGAAAAGGGAAAGAAGAUUUUCGUCCAACGCUGUGCCCAAUGUCACACUGUUGAAGCUGGUGGCAAACACAAAGUAGGACCUAAUUUGCAUGGCAUUUUCGGCCGCAAAACAGGCCAAGCCGCUGGUUUCGCCUACACAGACGCAAACAAAGCCAAGGGCAUUACAUGGAAUGAGGAUACCCUCUUCGAAUACUUGGAGAACCCCAAGAAAUACAUCCCCGGCACAAAGAUGAUUUUCGCCGGUUUGAAGAAGCCCAACGAACGUGGCGACCUCAUCGCCUACCUCAAAUCGGCCACCAAGUAAAUUAGUCAACUGUUGCUACAUUUUAGUAGAUACAGCACCACCAACCCAGCCACCUAAUACAACAAAUCAUACUGAUCACAGAGCAUUAACAAAUUACUGUACUUCAACGUUUUAGUAUGGAACUGUUCAUGAGGCCAGCCAAAGUCCGAAUAUAAUCGGUAGUAUUUCCGAGGCAACUUUCUCAUUUUCUGUACAAAUCUUGAACGCAGAAGAUCCUCCAUCAUAGGUCAAUUUUAAUUUAAAUUAAAUUUUAAAUUUAACGAAAUAUAAUUAAAUUAUUAAUAAAAAAUAUAUAAUAUUCAAAAACAAAAAAAAAUACAAUUAAGGAAAAUCAACUCAAUAUAAAAUUAUGUUAAAAAAGAAUAAAAACGCGUAAAGUUCGGCAGAGUCGAAUCAAAUAUGCCCUGCAGCAUGGAUCGAACAUGGAUCAAAUAAAAUAUUUUCUUUAUUGGCAAAUACUGAGAAGUGU